AUGAGGGCCUUUUUUCUAGUUAUUCCUGUAGUAGCUUGUGUAGCCGAUAAUUCGCAGCUGACAUCGCACCUAAAUCAAGCAAUACAAGUUAAAACGGACUUUCAUUCUAUAUCUAAUGAUAUUAUUCUAGAAAAAUUCCCAAUACUAGAAUCUAGAUGUGUUCAAGGGGCUUUAUCACAGUUUUUACCUAAAUGCUUGAAAUACGGUAUUGAAACAAUCACAACUGAAGAACGAACGCAAGCUGCGGUAAAACUAUCGGUUUGUGAGUUACAUGCCUCAAACGUAAAAAAUAUACCAUUGGAAUGUACGCAGGGGUCAGAUAUUCCUAUUUGUUUAAAACGCCUGCAGAAUUCACCUCAAUGGUGGACUACUUACAGCGGUUAUUACCAGCGACUUCCCUCAAUCUGCUUUGAAAACGCUCUACCUUACGAGAAGGAACAAAUACUGGAACUAUUCCUGAACAUAACUGAUCUAUAUUCAAAUUUUAAUGAGAAAUUACAAUACAGUUUACAGAAAUACAGAGAUGAGUUUGAAGCGAGUGCCGAGGAAAGCAUAAACAUGAUGAAAAGUCAGGUUAUGGAAAGUGCCAAGGACAUGAUUAAUGAACUGGCCGAUAAUUUGGCUGGCGUAGAACAAAAAGUAGAUGUUAUUAGUAAAUCAGUGGAAGCUCAUACUGAUGAACUUCGAAAUAUGUUGAACGAUAUCAGUGAGGAAUUAAACGACCAGGCUAUUGCUGACCAGGUCUCUGAGUUGAAAGAAAGCACUGUUAAAGGCUGGAUUGACCUCCACAAUCAAUUUAACAUAUACAGAGAAGUGCAGCAAGGAUACUUGGAGGAUGUAGAUUUGGUAUUCGAAAGCUUUUUUGGCAGUACUUCUAGAAAAAUUGAAGAAGUGAGAGACGCGGUUGUAGACAAUCAACUUGAAACAAUAGCUAUGAUAAAUGACUUCAAUGGUUUGGUUCGCAACUCUAUCAUGCCUAUGAUCGUUGAGGAACUAACUCCGGGGAUAGAGAAAGCAUCAGAGGUGAUUAUUAGCAAAUUGGCUGCUAUAGACAACGUUGUGGAUGAGAAGGUGGAGAACUUAGAUUCUCAGUUGAAUGAUGUCUUUAGCUCUAUUGAGAUACACCUCAACGAUACCAAAGAGAGAGUAGAUACUAUGAAUGAGUCAAUCGGUGUAUUACAGCAGCGAGUGAGCGCGAUUCUCUCAUUUGGCAACGCGACAGUGGAGUCCAUUGCAUGGGUUUAUCGGUUUAUUAAAAAAAUUCUUGGCGGAUAUUCUAUCCUCAUGGCGGUUAUAGCGCCCAUUACUUUCUACCUAAGUCGCAAACUCUACCAGCCAUCGGCAUAUAUAGUCAUGAAAUCCGCAGUUGUGUGCUCAGCAGCUAUUCUAGGAGCUAAAUCUGGGUCUUUAUUCUUUUCUUAA